CUCAGUCUCUCCUUCUCCCUCAUUUUUUCGCAGCCGGUGAAAAAAAAAAAAAACUUGUCAUCAUCCCCUUCAACGAUGCCGGCGAAAGAGAGGACGGCGAAGGUCAGCAGAAACCCUGAUCUGAUCAGGGGAGUUGGCAAAUACUCGAGGUCUCAGAUGUACCACAAGAGAGGUCUUUGGGCUAUCAAGGCCAAAAACGGCGGCGUUUUCCCUCGCCACGACGCUAAGUCCAAGGCUGAUGCUCCGGCGGAGAAGCCUUCGAAGUUCUAUCCAGCUGAAGACGUCAAGAAGCCUCUCGCCAACAGACGCAACCCAAAACCCACCAAGCUCAGAUCGAACAUCUCUCCAGGGACAGUGUUGAUUAUACUUGCGGGUCGGUUCAAGGGCAAGAGAGUUGUCUUCUUGAAGCAGCUUCCUUCUGGCUUGCUUCUUGUGUCCGGACCGCUCAAGAUCAAUGGUGUUCCUUUGAGACGUGUUAAUCAGUCCUAUGUGAUUGGCACGUCCACUAAGGUUGGCAUCUCUGGAGUCAGCCUUGAUAAAUUUGAUGAUAAGUAUUUUGGAAAGGUUGCUGAGAAGAAGAACAAGAAGGGAGAAGGAGAGUUCUUCCAGGCAGAGAAAGAGGAGAAGAAGGAGAUUCCACAAGGGAAGAAAGAUGACCAGAAGGCCGUCGAUGCAGCUUUGAUCAAAGCCAUUGAAGCAGUUCCAGAUCUGAAGACUUAUUUGGGCGCCAGGUUCUCAUUGAAACAAGGGAUGAAGCCCCAUGAGCUUGUUUUCUAGAUUUCAUAACCUUUUUUGUGGUGUUUAGAGUGUCUCCUUUAGUUCUACCCUCUGAAUGGUUGGCCUUGUUCUUGUUCAUCAAUCAAAGACAAAUUUUGGCUUCUGACAUUUCUGUAUUUACUGUUUUACAUAUUUAUGUUUUCUCUAUCUUA